AUGUCACUAAAGCUUGAUGACGCUAUUUGGGCCUAUAGGACUGCUUACAAAAAUCCUAUUGAAAUUUCUUCAUAUAGGUUAGUUUUCCGUAAAUCAUGUCAUCUCACUUCUCCAUAUAGGUUAGUUUUCCGUAAAUCAUGCCAUCUCCCCUUAGAGCUUGAGCAUAGAGCAUACUGGGUGAUAAAGAAACUGAACUUAGAUAAGGAAGCAACAGGUGAGAAAGGUUUGUUGCAGCUGCACAAGUUUCAUUCACACGCAUAUGAGAACACAAAACUCUACAAGGAGAAGGCCAAAAGAAUACAUGACAAGCACAUCCAACACCGCGAGUUUGAGCCUGGGCAGUUAGCCUUGUUGUAUAACUCAAGGCUCAAGGUGUUUGGUGUUUGGUGGAAAGUUGAAAAGUAA